AUGGAGAACGGCGACCGCGUUACCAGCAUGCCAGCUGCGGCGGCGACCAAGGCUCGGACGGCGCCAGUGGAGGCAACAGCGGUAGUGCGGGAGCAGGACCGCAAGAGGACGACGGAGAAGACGUUCCGCACCAACAACCUGAUGUCCAUCAUGGGACGCGUCCUGCCGCCGUAUCCACGAUCCAUGAUCAACCAAGAGGCCGUGGACGCCAUGGAUCCGUGCGUCGCGAAGUUCGUCGCCAUGGUCACCAAAGAGGCCGCCAAGCAACGCAACAAGGAGAAGAGGGCGAUCCUGAGCGUUGGCGACCUGAUCAAAGCCAUGGAGAAGCUCGGGUACGACCACUACGUCGGGCUCCUAACCCAGUACCUCCGCCGGUACCGCGAGUCCAAGGGCGAGAUGGGACCACAGCCGCCGUACGACUUUAUGUCAGGUUCAAGUCAGGUUCUUGAGGCCGCUGCGGUGGCAGGGGAAAUGCCAACAACACCACCACGCCCGUCCGAUUUUACAUUGGGUCUGCCCAUGGUUGGAGAUCCGGCGCCGGCGACAGCUGUAGCAUUUGUUCAGCCGCUGUACGACUUCAUGGCCCAAGGUCCGGCGGCGACGACUCUUGCAGUGUCGGCUACGGGGGAGAUGCCACCAGCACCACCACAUCCGUCUGAUUUUACAUUGGGUCUGCAGAUGUACGAUGGUCAGACGCCUUUGGCUAGAGGGGAACUAGGCCUCAACACAGGCAUGCUCGCGCUGUGGUCCGGAGCUGAAGCAGCGCCAAGCACCUCUAGCAUGCCACCUGCCGGUGACGACGAAUGA